GUCACAGCGCCCGAAAUAUCCUUUCCACGAUAUGAUUUGGGAUUCUAAAUUCUCUCUUAGAACUUCCAGUUCUUAAAAUCCACUUUGCGCCCUCAGUUUGAACGAAAGCACCUCUCUCUGCUGCUGAUUGGCUAUACCAUACACUCGUGACGUUUAGUUUUGGUCAGAGAUCAAAGAGAUUCUGAAUGUGACGUCAGCACUCCAUAAUUCCUUUGACAGAAUCAGUCAGCAGGCUUCCAGAUGAGAGGUAUACAGGACAAUCACACUCGAUUCAGAGAGACAUCUUUUAGAAAUGGCUCCAACAAUACCACUUUACAACAAAACCAAUUUUCAGAUAGAAGAGCAGGACGUCCUGCCCACCACGUCAGGUGGCUAUCGGGUAGAGACCUUCCUCGGGGAGGGGAGGUUUGGGAAAGUGGCCAGCUGCCUAAAACUAAAAACCAACGAGAAGAUGGCGCUGAAGAUUGUGCGGACUGACGCAGGCAUCGUUGGCAAAAGAGAGGUGGCCAUGCUCAGGAGACUCAGGAAGCUUGACGAGGACAAGAACAACUUGGUCAGGAUGACCGAGUAUUUUAGGCACAAAGGACACUAUUGUCUGGUGUUUGAAAUGCUGGACAUGAGUCUGCACGAUCUGAUGAAGGAGAGGAGCUUCAAGCCGCUGUGUUUGUCCGAGAUCAGAGUGAUCGCCCAGCAGAUGCUGGUGGCUCUCGGUGCCCUCGGGAGCAUCGGCCUGAUGCACGCGGACAUCAAGCCGGACAAUGUGAUGCUGGUUAACCACCAGCUGCAGCCCUUCAGGGUCAAACUGAUUGACUUCGGUCUGGCCGCCAAGGCUUCCACAGUGCUGCUCGGCACCAUCCAGGCCCUCGGCUACAGGGCCCCCGAGGUCAUCCUGGGCCUCCCGUUGGACGAGGCUGUAGACAUGUGGUCUCUGGCCUGCGUUUUGGCCUUCCUGUACCUGGGCAAGCACCUGUAUCCAACACACUGCGAAUAUGAGGUGAUGAGAGUGAUUGUGCAGAUGCAGGGUCAGCCCGACGAUCGCCUGCUGAAUAACGGGAUCCACACCGGGAACUUUUUCAGCAAAAACAAAGAGUUCUCCGUUCCAAAAUGGAGGCUGAACACUCAAAGGGAAUACAAGGUCAAAACAGGAUCCACGACCAAAUGCCGCAACGGCUUUUACGACAAGUUGAACAGUCUGCAGGACGUGGCAAGGUUCCACCCAGUGGCGACGCAGGCCACUGAGUACGAUGACACGCUGGCCUUUUUAAGCCUCCUCAAACGGAUGCUCCACGUGGAUCGUAAAAAGAGAGUCUCCCCCGGCGAAGCUCUCGGGCACCGUUUCGUCACAAUGAGACACUUACCUCGUGACGCUAGCAACCGCUCUUAUGGGACUGCAGCGCGUUCGACCCUCAGAGAAUGCGGACUGCCGAAGCACUCGUCAGUCCAGUUGAAGCGCUUCGUAACGUCCAGCGAGGCGGUGCAUUGGAACGAAGCGCCCACUACUAGCUCGGAUGACUCACUAUCAGCUGACGAAGAAACUGCCGCUGGUCCUAAUAAGGGGGCUUCACCCGCCUCCGUUACUCAUCAUUCGGAUGGGGGCAACAGAAGCUCCGUUGAAGUCAAGACCCAGAAGAAGUUUUUCAAGAUGGCCUGCUGGUUCUUCACCAGGAUUUUUAAGUGUGUACGCUGCUGCAGAGUUGAUGUUACAAAUUAAAGGCCCGCCACGUCUGAAGACAUAUCGGCAGUGGCUAACGCCGGCACUGCACAGCAAGAAGGUUCUGGGGUUGGAACCUGCCUUCCUGCAAAGA